AUGGAAACCAAAUUAGCACCACUAGUUGACGCUUUGAAAGCGAAGAAGAAGGUCACUUUAUUCACAGGCGCAGGUGUAUCUACAGCAGCUGGAAUACCUGAUUUUAGAAGUCCCGAUACAGGAUUGUACUCCAACUUGGCCAAAUUGGACCUUCCGUAUGCUGAAGCAGUCUUUGACAUUGAUUUCUUCAAGGAAAAUCCAAAACCAUUCUACACGUUAGCAGAAGAGCUUUUCCCUGGCAAUUAUGCUCCUACAAAGUUUCAUUAUCUUGUGCGGAUACUUCAAGAGAAGAAUCUAUUAAAGCGCGUGUACACGCAAAACAUAGACAUAUUAGAUAGGCUUGCGGGAGUUAAAGACGAGUUUAUUAUUGAAGCACAUGGAUCAUUUGCAACCAGCCGUUGUAUUGAAUGCAAAAAGGAGGUAUCUAUUGAAAAAUUAAAGCUCAUGAUGAAAGAAAAAGUCCCCACUUGUUCCAAGUGUGAUGGGUAUAUAAAGCCAGAUAUCACGUUUUAUGGCGAAGGAUUACCACAAAAGUUCUUUGAAACGUGGGAAGGUGAUUGUGAAGAUGUUGAGGUGGCAAUAAUUUCGGGUACAUCAUUAACCGUUUACCCAUUUGCAUCUUUACCAUCCAGUGUCGAAAAGAGUUGUCUUCGCGUAUUAGUUAACCGGGAAAAAGUUGGAGAUUUAGGUCGAAGAAAGAAAGACAUUGCUUCCCUUAUGGAUUGUGAUGAGUUUGCCGAAAUUUUGACAACUAAGCUUGGCUGGAGAGAGGAGCUUGAUAAAUAUUACAACGAGGGUCAGAAAAAGUAUGGAAAGAGCAAAUCUAUCGAAGAUGAGUUGGAUAAGAUUGACGAAAGACUCGAAAAUGAAGCCAAUAUCAAGGUUAAAGAUACGGAUAAAAGAGCAAGCUUUUCUGAAGGCGAGCAAGAGUUAGAAGAAUUGGUCAACAAACUCAAGAUUUAA